AAAACGUAUAAGUGUUUAAGUUGUUUUUUGGAAUUUAGUACACACUAUACUCUCUCCAUUCGAAGACCAACAAACGUAGAAACGUUUAGGUGAAGCCUGUAUUCGUAACCUUGCAUACCCUACGUUUUUCUUAUAUAACGAUGAUCGGAUUGUUGCUGGUGAUUUUACUUGCGAUUGUGACGACCGUCCGCAUCGCGAAGAUCCUCUGGUCGAGACGUGCCCUCUACAAGAUAUCCAAGCAACUGAACGGGCCGAGACCGUCACUGCCCUUGAUCGGAAAUGCUCUCAUUUUCGCCGGAGACACCAGCCUACAUUUCGAGCGCAUCCGAUCAUGCAUCAACGCUUAUCCGCACCCGAUGAGACUCUGGCUCGGUCCCAAUCUGCUACUGGUUUUCUCCGAUGUCAAUCACGUCGAAAAAAUCCUCUCCACAACCAAGAUGACGCACAAGAGCGACCUUUACGACAUCAUGAAGUAUUACGUUGGUAACGGUCUCAUCACCAAUUCAGGGCCGCAGUGGAAGCACGAUCGCAGGAUACUGCUGCCGCUCUUCAACACGAACUUCCUUAAGACAUCCUUCGACUCGAUGCAAGAGCACAGUGUGAGUUUCGUUCGAGCGUUCGAGAAGUUCGUCGGCAAAGGUUACUCGGACAUCCAUCACGAGGUGCACUGCCUCAACUUCGACAUUAUCGGAGAGAUCAUCUGCGGCGUUAAAUUGGACACCAUAAAUGGCUCCAACCUGGACGUCCUUCACGCAAUGGAAGAUAUUUACGAUAACAUUUUCUCUCAAAUGGUGAAGCCGUGGAUCCACAGCAAAAUCGCGUUCGAUUUGUCGCGUUACAAGAAGGAACGGUCGAAGAUCAUGACGACCAUCAGGCAUAUGGUAAUGAACACCAUCGAAAAGUCGAAGGAAAGAGUUAAAGCCGAUCCGGAGAUGUUAGACGGAAGCGAUAAUUUCGUGCCGAUCAUCGAUCAAAUACACAUGUUACCAGACGUUCAAUUGAAUUCCGACCAUAAACUACUUUCCGAUCAUAUUAUGACACUAUUCGCAGCGAGCGAAGAUACAACAACCAUAACACUCUGUACAACAUGCAUGUGCUUCGGGAUGUAUCCCGAAUAUCAGAAAAUUGCAGCUCAGGAGGUUCGCAGAGUUUUCGGCGAUAAACCGAGAGCCGUCACUUACGAGGAUCUGUCGGAAUUGAAGUAUUUGGAGAUGUGCAUCAAGGAUUGCCUUCGUCUGGCGACGAUAGCUCCGAUCAUUUUACGCAAAUGCACGGAGGAUUUCGAAAUCGACAAAUGGACGAUACCGCAGGGCGCUAACGUUCUCCUACCGAUCUUCGAGAUCCAUCGGGAUCCCGCACAAUGGCAGGUACCGCUGCACUUCUAUCCCGAUCAUUUCUUACCGGAAAACGUAGCCAAAAGACAUCCGUACGCCUAUCUGCCAUUCAGCAUGGGACCAAGAGGUUGCAUUGGUAAAGCGCUCGCUCUGCAGAUGCUGAAAAUCGAGUUGGCCAAUCUGCUGCAGCACUAUCAGUUCGAGUGUGACGGAAAAUUCCCGGAUAUCCGGUUGAGGAACGACAUCUCGGUGCGGCCGAUCGACGGCUACAAAGUUAAGGUCUUCAAGCGGAUAUGGGACUGAACAGCUGAAACUAAACUUAAUUUAAAUUAUUUAAUAACAUGUAACUUUUGUACUAAAACAUAAAUAAUACAUUUGUUUGCAUACGUUUAUCAAUUUGUUGUAGCCUUUUCCAUCCACCAAAAUAUCUUUACUAGACUUUCGUGCAUUAGUUGAGGUGAAGGUUUUCACUUUUCGUGACUUAUCAUAUUGAUGGAUGACAAAUUUGUCAACGUAAUGUCAAUGACUUACUGUAGUCAGGGCGGCAUUAUUGGAUCUAGAUCUUGGACCUGAUUACGUAAC